UAAACUUCGUGUCCGCGUGCGCGAUGCGCACACGCCAUAAUGGCGGCCGAAGAUAUCAAAAAAUUAAUUGCAGCCAGAGGCCAAUGUAAGGCUUCUAUGACGAGAAUGGAGAGGUUUCUCCAACAAGAGCCUCAAUUAUUUACUGUGGAGAGCUUGAAGACUAGAAAAGCGUCAAUGAACACCGUCUUCCAAAAGUAUCAAGACGUAUGCGUGCAAUUAUCAGUAUUAGAGCCAGAAAAUCACAAAGACGACUUGGACGACGACACAGAAGAUCGAUUUUACAGCAUUAUGACCGCUUUAGAGUGCGCGUUAAAUGUAAUAGAAAAAACAGCCCAACAAAAUACACAGACAGCAGAGGGCACUGGAAAAGCAGCGCGCUUGCCUUCGCUUGAUAUACCUGUCUUCGACGGGCGGGACGUCGCGCUCUACAAAUCAUUUAUCGAGAUGUUUGAGGCUGUAGUACAUCGCGACGCGCGAAUACCUGUCGUCCAGAAGCUGUGCUUUCUGAAAAAGUACUUAAAGGGCGAGCCGCUGCAGCUUAUCGACAAUUUACCCAUAAUUGGAGCAUCAUAUGACUCUGCACUAGAACUACUCAAGAAACGGUAUGACAACCCAGCAUUAAUCAUCAGCAGCCACGUCAAUACACUCCUGGACAUACCAGCGUUGCACCGAGGCACUGCUCUACAGCUGCGAGACAUGGUGGCCAAAGUCCGGCAACAUCUCACCGCGCUACAAAACCUUGAGCAGCCAGUCACAUCAUGGGACGCCAUCCUAGCCUGCAUCUUGUUAAGAAAGUUAGAUUCCUUCACCGUGAGAUUGUAUCACUCCGAGAGGGACAACAGCGAGCAACACACUGCGAAGUUUCCCUCCUUCUGGCUGCAGAUAUCUUCUGCAGAGUAAUACAAGACGGAAAGGUUGAGGCAGGCCCUGAGGAUCCAGUGCUGCUGAACACGCGCCUUGGAUACAUCGUCUCGGGCAGAGUAAGUGUGAGUCCAUCAUACAAUUUUAAUACAGUUGCUAUGCAUACAAUGGUUAAUCCUGAUCUUGACUCUUGUGUAAGGCAAUUUUGGGAGGCCGAAAAGGUCCCUGAAGCAUAUCCAGAAAGCAUGCCAGAGCAGGAAUAUUGUGAGAAGAUUUUUUGGAGACAACCUCAUUGAACAGGGAUCGCUAUGAGGUUACUCUCCCAUUAAAAGUUAAUUUUAGCGAAAUAGAUCCUUCUAACUCCUUUGUAAUUGCUUUGCAAAGAUUAAAUAAUCUUCAAAAAAGGUUUGCAAAGGAACCUGAGUUUCAUAACUUAUACAAACAAUUCAUACAAGAAUACCUUGAUCUAGGUCACGCCAAAGUAAUUGAUCUAAAGGACUGUGACCCUACAGAGCAACCGGUAUUUUACCUGUCACAUCAUGGAAUUCUCCGGCCUGACAAAAUUACAAAUAAACUCCGGGCUGUAUUUGAUGGUAGUUUCAAAACUAAGGCAGGCCACAGUCUCAAUGACUAUUUAUGCAAUGGCCCUGUAGUCCAAAACUCAUUAUUUGAUAUCAUGAUGCUUUUUCGCACAUACAAGUACACGGUGCAGUGUGACAUACGUCACAUGUACCGCAUGAUAUCUAUGCACCCUGAGCAUAGACGCCUACAAAACAUUUUGUGGCGGGCAGAUGACACUUUACAGUGUUUACAAUUACAAACAAUAACUUAUGGAUUAAAAAGCAGUGCCUACCUUGCCACAAAGUGUCUUGUAGAGCUAGCAAAAAAAUACAAGGCUCAAUAUCCAUUGGCCAGUGAAGCUAUCAUCAAAAACAGCUAUGUAGAUGAUGUGCAAGGCGGCUCAGAUACACUUCAGGGAGCUUUACAACUAAAAAGUGAACUUAUUUCUCUAAUGAGCAAAGGUAGCUUUCAAUUACAUAAAUGGAUUUCCAAUGAGUCAGAAAUAUUGCAAGAUAUCCCUCAAGAAAAAAUUGGCCUUGCCAAGCAGGAUAUUGAUCAGGAUAAAUCAAUUGUUAAGAUCUUAGGACUAUCUUAUGAUGCCCGAGAAGAUGCAUACAAAAUGAGUGGCCGUGUACUCACCUCUCCUGAGGUGCCCACUAAAAGAAAUGUACUGAGUUCUAUCAGCAGACUCUAUGAUCCAAUGGGUUUUGUCGGACCUUUAACCGUCAAGGCAAAACUUAUCUUACAACAAAUAUGGCAAUACGAUUUAGAAUGGGACUCUCCCCUGCCACCUGAACUAGUAAAAAUAUGGCAGACAUUCUAUAAUAAUUUGGUUAACAUGCCUGUCGUGACCAUACCGCGGUACAUAAAUGUGUCUGAAGCCACUAGCAUACAGCUUAUAGGAUACUGUGAUGCAUCAGUUGUAGCUUACGGCUGUUGUAUUUAUGUUAAGGCCAUAGUAAAUGGUAAGCCUUAUAUACAUUUACUUUGCUCUAAGUCGAGAAUAUCCCCGCUUGCAUCUAAACUGACAAUUCCCAAGCUUGAGUUGAAUGGGGCCCUUAUACUGGCAAAAUUGGUAAAUCAUGUCGCCUCUUUACUAAAGAUAUCAGAUGUUCAUUUGUUCACUGACUCAAAAAUAGUAUUGGCCUGGCUCGAAUCCUCUUCACUCAAGGUACCAGCCUAUAUAGGCAACCGUGUAAAAGAAAUAAAUAAACUGACAGAUACAAUGUCAUGGAAAUAUACUCCUGGCCUUCUUAACCCUAGCGACAUCUUGUCUAGAGGCGCAGAUCCUCAAGAAAUAAUUGAUUGCAAGCUGUGGCAUCAUGGCCCAGACUACUUGACAGAAGGCAAUGAGUACAAUUUUCACUUGUCAGAAAUAAUUCCACCUCUGUGCAGUGUAGAAUAUUAUGAUAGCUCAGAUGAGCACAUCGCAUUAAGCGCCACUGUAAAUGACAAUGUGAUUGAUUCGUUUUUUGAACGAUUUUCAAGCCUUUUCAGAAUGAUUAGAGUGACUGUCCAUAUAUUAAGAUUUAUAAAUAAAUGUAAAGGAAAGUCAGUGUCAUCGGAUCUAAUUUCUGUAAAAGAGUCUAGAGACGCUUUGACUUUAAUAAUAAAAGGUGUGCAAAUGUACUACUUUCAUAAUGAGUUUGUGUGUAUUGAGAAGGACAAAGCUAUAACCUCCAAUUUAAAAUCACUUAACCCUUUCAUUGACUCGGCAGGGCUUCUUCGUGUGGGUGGAAGGUUGGACAAUGCCACACACUUAGAUUUCUCAAAAAAACAUAAUAUCAUAUUGCCCAAGCACUGCCAUGUCACUAAAUUGAUUAUUAUUCAAGAACAUUUAAUGCUCAUGCAUGCAGGGUUAAAGCUUGUCCUAGGUGGCCUAUGUCAAAAAUAUUGUAUAAUAAAUUCUGUGAGAGAAGUAAAAUCUGUAAUCAAUAAAUGCAUAACAUGUUGUAAAUUAAAGGCCACCGCUAGUCAGCAGUUGAUGGGAUCACUUCCCAAGGAGCGAGUCACUCCAGCUCGAAUAUUUGAAAAUACAGGCCUUGAUUAUUGUGGACCUUUUGAAAUUAAGCAAUCAGCUCUUAGAAGCAGUGUUAUAGGUAAAGGGUAUGUAGCCGUAUUUGUUUGCUUUGCUUCCAAGGCUGUGCACCUAGAAGUGGUCACCGACAUGACCACUGACACUUUCAUAGCUGCACUAAAGCGUUUUAUUGGUAGAAGAGGUUAUCCACAAAAUAUAUUUUGUGAUAAUGGCUCAACAUUUCACGGUGCAAAUAACAAAUUAAAAGAGCUCCAUGAUUUACAUAAAAAAGAUUAUUUUCAGAAGGCUGUCAAUGAUUAUGUACUACAGAAAGGCAUACAGUUCCAUUUCAUUCCUAAAUAUAGCCCAAAUCAUGGAGGUCUCUGGGAGGCUGCUGUCAAAUCAGCAAAAUAUCAUUUCAAAAGGAUUGCUUCAAAUCGCAUAUUUACAUAUGAACAAUUUAGUACAAUAAUCAUAGAAAUUGAAGCAAUACUGAACUCUAGGCCGUUGACCCCGCUGUCUCAUGACAUCUCUGAUUUUUCAUAUUUAACCCCGGGGCACUUUUUGAUUGGUGCUGAGCUAACUUCUGCUCCACAACCUGAUUUGGCAGCAGUCCCCAGCAAUCGGCUCCGGUUUUGGAGGUGCUGCGAGCAAGUACGGCAGCAUUUUUGGAGUGUUUGGUCAAAGGAGUACCUAUCAUUGUUAAACCAAAGAACUAAAUGGCAAAAAACAGAACCUAACUUAAAGGUUGGCAUGGUGGUGCUACUACAGGUUCCAAACACUCCUCCUUUAACUUGGCCCGUAGGUAGGAUUAGCAAAGUUUUUUAUGGCAAUGAUGGCCAUGUAAGAGUUGUGGAGGUGCAAACCUCAGAUAAAAAAUUGCAUUCCCGUGCUGUGUCAAAGAUAGUUGUAUUGCCAGUAGAGACAUAAAAAAUAUUGUGAUAUUAUAUUAAGUAAAUGUAAGUUGUUAAUUUUUAAUUUUAGUUCUUGUUGCACAAGUAGUGCAUUUAAAAAUAGUUUUAUUUUUAGUUCAUGUCAAAAGGAAAUUUGUAUUAUUUUUCUCAAACAGGCAUUUGCGCCCCUCCCCCCCAGUUUAUGUGUGAAACACGCAUAAUUAUCAUGUAGCGCAGUGCAAAACUGGCCUUAUUUUAUUUCGCCAUCUGCGCAUGGCA